UGAGUUGUAUUGUAUUCUUAUGAUGUAAAUAUGAAGUAAGGGGUUGUAUUUUGAGCGAGUAUACAAACACCGGCUGGGUUGUAUACACAAUUUUUGCAUUUAUAUUUCUGGCAGAAUUUUGCAUAACUUGAUAUUUUGGAAAUCAUUGGAAGGUUUAUACACAUCUUCAUUAUUUAUCAGUUUAAUUCGAUUCAAGUUUAACAGUUGGUAUCCAGGAAUAAGAUCGCCAUGAGUAGGACAAAUGCUGUUCGCCAGCUGCUUGGGAAGAAAAUACUGUGUUCGGUACAAGUAAAUAAGGGAUUCGCAACCUGCUCCCGAUUAGCAUUUCCAUCAAUUAAUACCACAAGGACUUAUCCUGACCCAAGUCGACGCCUUGCUCUACUUGCUCAAAAUCAGGUUCGGCCUUUUAUGGCGACCUCUCAACGCCUCUCGUCGGAGCAAUUUCAAGAAGCUGUCAAGAAUUUGGGUUCAGUAAAGGACGCUGAUAAUUCAACCAAAUUGAAAUUGUAUGCCUUGUACAAACAGACAACUGUUGGAAAAAACAACACCAAGAAACCUGGCAUGCUAGAUAUCGUUGGAAAGGCAAAGUGGGACGCUUGGAAUUCUCUGGGAGAUAUGACUCAGGGCGAGGCAGAAAAAAACUAUAUUGAUAUUGUCAAUGAAAUGUUGGGACAGUCGUCUAAAAAGGCUGAGCCAAAAUCAGAAGAAUUUGAUGGUCUUUUGGUAACGAUUAAAGGUGGUAUCAAGACCAUCACCCUCAACAGACCAGCCAAGAAGAAUGCUCUGAACAUGGAGAUGUACGAAAAGAUAGCUGCGGCUUUGAGAGACUCAAACGACGAUGAUGCGGUGAAUAUUGUGGUACUAACUGGAUCUGGGGAUUACUUUUGCAGUGGCAAUGAUUUAGCCAAUUUUAUGAAUGUAACGGAUCCAUUAGCGAUGGCAAAGGAGGCGAAAGAGUUUUUACAGAAAUACGUCGCAGCAUACAUAGAUUUGAAGAAACCAUUAAUAGCAUUGAUAAAUGGCCCCGCUGUAGGCAUCGCCGUUACAGUCCUAGGACUUUGCGAUGCAGUAUUUUCUACUGAUAAGGCAACAUUUACGACACCAUUUAGUUCUUUGGGCCAAUCUCCGGAGGGUUGCUCGUCAUAUAUUUUUCCACGUGUAAUGGGAUACGCUAAAGCAAGCGAGCUUUUAUUCUUCAAUCAAAAAUUCACUGCGAGACAGGCUGAGGAAUGUGGUUUAAUUACGCAAGUGUUCCCCAACGAUAGACUUCAAGCCGAGGCGUGGAAGCGCAUCAAUGACAUGGCAGAGCUCCCCGUUAAGUCAUUGAUCUUCUCAAAAGAAUUAGUUCGAGGAAGAGAACGACAAUUACUUCAUGAAGUGAAUCGAAUGGAGUGCGAGCGUUUGCAAGAGCGUUGGACAAGCGAAGAUUGUAUGAAUGCGAUCAUGAAAUUUUUCUCCAAGAAAUCUAAAAUGUAAAACCUCGGAUAUGUAUGAUUGAGUAUAAUUUAUAACUAAUUAAACAAAAAACACAGAUAUAAACAUAAAUUAUUGCAAAAAAUUGCAUAGUGCAGGCAACAUCGUAAGGUUGCUUGAGUUUA